AUUUUCUUACUGCUGUAGGGCCAUCUUCAGCCAGCAUCUUAUUGCAGAGCCGCCAGAGCUUACUCACUCAUCCCCGUAUCUCAAACCUUUGUGGGUAGAUGUUGAGCAUGACACCAGCCAAUUCAAUUCUGGCCUGACCUGCAGGUUGGGACCUAUCUGAUGAAAGAAUACCUUUGGGUUCAAUGUCGACCAUGGAGAAACACACAGAUGGCCCAAGUACAGGCAAAAGCUCAAUUAGACGGAAGCCAGUAUUGCAGGCAACCCACAGUGACGAUCUCGAACAAAAACAUGUCCACACCCCUCAAGAUACCCUGGACGAGCAGACGGCAGUAUUCCAGGCCAUGUCGCUCGAACCUCCACCUGGACUUGUCGAGUCUUCCUCCAGCCAGGCAUCGGGUUCCACAUAUGGUCCCACCUAUCACGGUACCCUGACUGAAUCCAUCCCAUCCACACCCACCACUCCACUCAGUCCGCCACUAGCUUCCCCAGAUGAACCAUCCAAAGCUGGAAAGUUUUUGAAGACUGCAAUGCAAGACGUUCGUCACUUUGCUGGAGGUCUCAUCAAUCAUCCCUACGAAGCGACCAAGCAUUACUCAAUACUCCGUCAUUCUCACGGCCUGGUCUACUACUCUGGCCCAUACACGAGUCUAGCUAUUACCAUCUUCUCGGAUCGGGAAAUCCCCCAAGACCGGACCUUGUGGUUGCAGCGUCGUGGCUUCUCUGGUAAGACGGGUUUAAAAGUCGGAGGGUUGCUAGGCGCCAGAAGUUCAUGGAUCGACAUCACCCCAACCAGCCAAGCCACGCCUGAUCAACUCAACCCAAACGACGAACGUGCCUGGCAACGCGAUAUCGAAAAGUUCUUGAGAAAAGCCCCCAAAGAGAUUCGAUCUCACCAGGUACGCGAGACCGACGUUCUCCGAAUCCCAAGCGAGGCCGACGAUGGCUAUCUUCGAGUGGUUUUGUGUACCGCCGCAGGAAAGAAAGUCCUUUGCGGAAGUCCGAUCUUUCGUCUUGCCUCUUCCUCCACCGACUCCAGCUCCCUGCGGGGAGCAUCAUUGUUGACCAUGCCUGUUGAGGUUGGGAUCCGCGUGGCCUCGGCCAUGGCAAGCGCCGCAGCAACCACGGCAUUAUCACCUGUAGCAAACACGGCCAAGACGUAUGCUACCGCCCAAGUGUCUCGAGUCUACCAACCAAGCGCUGUCGCCAUGCAAGCAUUCUCUUCUGCAGUAGACAGGAGCGGAGUGACGGAUCGAUUGAGUGAUGCGAAUAAGCAGUACUCAACAACUCGAGAAGCUUCAUAUAGUGCAUUACAUCAAGACAGAUACGACGCUCUAGCUCGGCCUUCAAUUGUCGGACCUGACACGGGGCCUGAAUCCCCGUUUCCUGUCCGGUUCAGCGGGAAGGUCAUUCCUGGCGCAGGAACCAGCUCCGCACAGUUCAAUCUUCCGACGGCCAAUCUAUCUGGAGUUCCUGACGACAUCCUAUUUCGGUACCACGGAGCGUAUUUCGGCUGGGCUGAGGUGGAACUACCUAAGAAAGUGGCGAUAGAGAAGAACAUCCCCAAGGAAUGGCAUCAGGCGGUAAUCUAUAUCAGUCCUGACCCCACUGGCCGCAAAAGUGUUGUUCCGACCAACACCGUUCGCGUCUACGUGAUGCACGAGUUCAAAGGUGAAACAUUUCUAACGGCCAAGUUGUCCGUCAUGCUGAUGGGGUACAUGCGGGAGAUGGAUCAGGUCUCACCAAUGCAAACACCCGACGUUGAAGCACAGCUCUUCGACAUUUACAAGGAUCUUGCCGUGACUGCGGCGAGUUUGGCCAGACCUGAAUGGCAGGCAGAAGCUACGUUGAACCGUCUCAAGUCCGCUGCAUCCAAUCGAUCGCUCAACGAACGAUAUGUUGAUCUUCGCCAGACUAGCCAGAGACAGAUUGACCGUAUCCCUGUGUAUCGAUUGGGUAUUCGAACCGAAGGGGCAGAUUUGAAAGACCGCCUCAUUGGAAAGGGCGGGGUUUGGAUAUCACGGCAGACUUUGACUCAUGCUUCUACUGUUUGAGGUUAUGGGUUUGUGCGCGAAUCCCGCUGGCGUGUAUACUGGCGUUUAAAGCUUUAAGAGAGAGGAGUUAAUUCUACGGAUAUUAUUAAAUACUUGGUUCGAGAUACCAGAUUACUUGGGAGUUCCCAAAAACAUUUAGAGGACAUAUUUAAAACCAUCUAAUAUUGACAAUUUAAUAAUCAUUCUGAG